AACAUGACGUCACGGCAGGUACGAUGGUCGAGGCUGACCGGAAAAGAGUCUCGUGGUUUUCCUCCGUCACGGGACCCGCGGGUUUCUGUCCCGCGCACGUGAGACGGCGUUCGCUUCCCUUUGACUUUUCAGUGUGAACAGGUGAGACCGGACCAGGUGACCUGCAGCCCCCGGAGCCGCCGUCGGUGUUUUCGCAUUUCAAGCGGACACGUAAUCGGUGUCCGGUCACCUGAUCCCACCUGAUCCCACCCGAGCUCACCUGAGAGGAAAGCGGUAGAAGAAGAGGAAGGGGGUGAUUUUGAGAAGCUCCUCGCAGGAAAAAUGAGAAGCUGCUCCGUGAAAUGCGUCUUCCUCCUGGCGGGAACCUUCUGCUUCAUCCUGUGCACCGUUUUAUACGGACAACGCAGCGACGUCGCGCCCGGCAGCGAGCAGGCAGCAGGUGGCAGCGUCGACGCGCCGGCUGACGACCAGGUGGACUGGAGGAUCAUCUCAGCUGCUCCACGAGAAGAAGAAGAAGAAAGCAUAGAAGCUCCGUGUUCUCUAAGGAAAGCAGUGAGGCACGACCCUCUGCUCAGGAGGAGGUUCAGGUUCUCGGUGCCGGUCUUUCAGUGGUUGGGGAGUUUCUCCAAACCCGCCUGGGAGCAGUUGAGGAACCAGGCGCCUCCUUACGGCUGGAAGGGACUUCCUGUCAACGUCGUCAAAUCCGCCCUCGACCUCCUCAACAGCUCUCGCCUCUUUGACCGCGGCUCGCCCGGCAGGUGUGUUCGCUGCGCCGUGGUUGGAAACGGAGGCAUCCUCCGGGGAUCCCGGCAGGGAAAGAACAUCGACAGCCACGACUUUGUCUUCAGGGGGGACCGGGGUCGUGACUGCGAUCGGAAGGGUCGGAGAACAGGAACCUUUUUAUUUAGGGACGGGGUUGUCUGGUCGCAGAUGAACGGAGCCGUGAUCGGGGGUUUUGAAGAAGACGUGGGGACGAAGGUUUCCUUCUACGGUUUCACCACAAACACCAUGAAGAACGCCCUCAGCUCGUACCGAACAGACGGCUUCACCAAAAUCCCCCAGAGCCCGGACAUAAAGUACAUCUUCAUCCCGUCAGACCUCAGAGACUAUGUGAUGCUGGCAGCUGCUGUUCGGGGCCUGACUGUCGGCUCGGGCAGAGACAAGGGGGACAGGCCCUGGAAGUAUUUUGGCCACAAGCCGGCGGAGAGCUUCAGGAUUCUCCACCCGGAUUUCCUUUCCUACGUGACCCACAGUUUCCUCCGGUCUCCUCUGCUGACCGACGUCCGGACGUAUCACCUGUACAUGCCGAGCACCGGCGCUCUGAUGCUGCUGACCGCCCUGCACACCUGUGACCAGGUCUCAGCCUACGGCUUCAUCACCAGGAACUACGCCGCCUUCUCCGACCAUUACUACGACUCCGUGAGGAGGCCUCUGAGGUUCUUCGCCAACCACGACCUUCGCAUGGAGAGCCGGCUGUGGGAGACGCUGCACCUGCAGAGGGUCAUCAGGCUGUACCAGAGGAGGGCGGGCAGCUGACGGAGGAGGCGGAGAUGAGCCAUUCUCAGGACUGCAGAGGGGAAGGAGCUGCGGGUUUGGUUUUUCUUAUUUCUUAUGUUCUCUUUAACCUCUUCAGCCUUACCGACAUUUCAACUUUUCAGUGGAUCCUUAAAAAACUCACGUCGAGAAAACAAGAACCUCAUUUUGAUUGUUUCCAGACAUCCCACAUUUUCCUGACUGAAUGUGUCCAAUGUUUAUUUCAGUCUGAUGUGAAGUUGUAAAAAGCAGGAUCCUGUGUUUGAUUAUUUCUACCUUUGAAUAUUUUACUGAAUAUAAGCAACGAAAGGCUUAAAUAAUUUUUUUUUUUUUUUUUUUCUCUUUUCACUUUAAGGCUACUUAGAACUUCAAUUGUUCAACUGAGUAAAAAGCAAUUUUUUUUUUUUUUUUUUAAAUAAGCUAUCACAAGUCAAAAUGUGCUUUAACCAAAUGGCUGAAAAGACCAUUAACGGGGUGGAAAGGUCUUUGAGUUUAUGGUCUCCUCUAUCCUCCUGAGCUCCAGGAGACAGAUACUGUACUCUGCAAAUUUAAGUUUGUACAAUAUCCUGAAUUAUGUUUAAAAUUUAUGUUAAGCUCACUUUUUGUGCCACCGUGUGUCUGCUAUGUUAAAUUCAACUGAAAUUAUUUUAAAGGUAAAUAUGGUCUUUGUUUUAAACUGAAUAACGCUACGUUUUGUUGUAUAAAAUU